AUGGUGGAGAUGGUUGUGGUGGCGAACAUCGUUGCCACUAGACCAGGUAUAGAUUGUACGUUUGAUUUGAAAUUUACAUACAAACUCGCGACAUUCCUUAAAAACCAAACAUCAGAGCAGUCCUGGUGUCACGUGUCCGUGGAUCUGUCAAACAAGCUCGACAGAAUACCAUCAACACUCGUUUCGGCCGGCACAUAUCAAGCGAUGUCCUACACCACCCAGAGGGAGUUUUUCAACGUGCCCUUCCGGAAUGAGGAGCCACGGCUUCCAGAGCGAAAGCGUAGCGAUGGCGCCCUCAUGACCUACGACCUCUGUACCGACGGACGAGCGUGGGCCCUGGACAAACAGAAACGCUCCAACUACAUCCUGGACGUGGUCCACAAGGCACGGUUCAAGAAGGCGAUGCUCCAUCCGGACGGUCAGUUCGAACUCACCAAAGAUUACCUGAUCCAUCUGGAUGUGGACGAUCUGGCGGAAUACAUCCUAAGCUUGCAAGCGGAAAUCAAACGGAAGAACGACUCCAUGCAGCAGCUGGAUGAAUCCCGUAAGACCUUGGACAAACAGCUGGAAGCGAUGCAAGCAAAGUCCGAGGAACUGUACGAGCUUCAGCAGCAGUCGGAGAUUCUGGCAGAGGAGCGCAACGAUUUCGAGCAACAGCUGGAAGAUCUGGAGAUGGUCAUAGUGGAUCUAAAGGAACGUGCCGAUCGUUACGAUCUGUUGGCCAAGGAAAAUGCAUCGCUGCGCGAUCAACUGCGCAGUCAGCGAAUGGAAGCCGCCGACCGGAUACGGCUGAUCAACGCAGAGGUGGAAGCGAACUUCAGCCGAAUGCAAGCCGAAGACUACGAAAAGCUGGAAGCGGAGUUGGUACUGUUCAAGGCACAGUACGAAGAUUUGCGACAACAGAAGCGGGAUUUAAAGGAACAGUUGCACCGGGCUGCCAUGCAGCAGUCGAAGGUGACGGAUUUGAAGCGGCAGUUAGCGCUGGAGCAAGCUCACAGGGAAAAGGUCGAGGAUGAGCUGGAACAUUUGCUGUCACUCUACGAUCAACGGUUCCAAGCAGCACUGGACGAGCGAACUCUUCCGGCGAUUGAGGACGACUACAACAGACAGAACACUGAGCGGUGGGUUGAGAGUCGAACGCUUUCAACAGCCGAAGAAGAACCAAGAGCGCGAAUUUCAUUGCAUCAAAGCGAAUCGGAUAGAACGGACGACCGUAUGGUCGUGGAACAGAUCGUAGAAAGAUGCGAAAACUGUGCAACGUUACAGCAAGAGCUUGAAAGUCUCCGGGUCGUUCACAGUGCAGAACAGCAGAAGCGUGAAAAAGAAAGCCAAGCACUGCAAGAACAGUACGAUUUGCUGAAAAAGGAUCUGGACUUGGCCAUGCAGGCUAAGGAUGAAGAGGUGAAAAAACGAGAAGAGAUCGCAAAACAGCAAUUAAGGCAACUCAACGCGCAUGAAGCGCCAAGCAAGGAUCAGCCUUCGGUGUCAGCCACCGCAGAGGUCGAAGCUCUAAAGAAGACCAACGAAGAACUGCAGAAGGAAAUAACACGCUUGUUAUCGGCACAAAGUGGAACCCAAGAUGGCGGCAUGGCUGCCGAAAGUGAAGCGGAGAUGCUUAAAACCAUCGAAAGCCUACGGUUGGAGUUGCAGAAUGCCAACGACAUGGUGAAGAAGAAAGACGAUGAGUUUAGAAAAAUGGAGGCGGAAGUUGACAAGACCCGAUCGACACAACAACUGGGAGUGGCGGAGAGUGUAGCGGUGGCCAUGCAGGAAGUGGAACAGAUGAGGAAAAUGAAUGACGAACUGGAUCAGAAGCUUAGGCAAUGUGCAGCUGAGAUGGAGGAACGAAGGCGUGAAGUGGAAAAGCUUAACCGUGACAUUGCUGAUGAGAAGCGAGCCAAGGAAUCGUUGUUGCUGGUGGCGGAUACAAGUGAUGCUCAUGAUGAUGCUUUGAAACUAGCGGAACAGCAAUCAGAGUUGAUGAAGACGAUAGAGAAACUUCGCUCGGAGCUGCAGGCUAGCAAUGACAUGGUGAAAGAGAAAGAGGAUGCUGUGAGAAAAGUGGAGUUGGAAAUGCAAACUAUGCAAUCAGCGCAACAGUUGGAAGCGGCGGAAACGGCGGCGGAAGCCAUGCAGGAGACCCAGCGAUUGAACAAGAUAAUAGAAGAUCUUGAAGCAAAAUUGAAGGAAUGUGACACAGAGCUAGAUGAGCGAAAGCGCAAUGAUGUAACUCAGGAAGACAGUGAACCCAUUAUUGAUGUAAAUCAAGGUAAGGGCCACUCAGAGACUGAAAUCGAAGAGUCUGUGCCGGAAGUAAGUGCCGAAGCAGAAACUAAGGUGGAACUGCCGGUUGAGGAAGAAGAAUCAAUGAACGAUGGCGAAGAAGAUGAAGAAAUCAUUGUGGAGGCACAACAAGAACUCUUUGCUGCAAUUGAAGUGACUGAACCUCGGGCGAGCAUAAAGUCUGCCACUGAUAAAGAUGAAGAACUUGCCAAUAAGGUUCUUGAUCAUGGUGAUCAUGGAGAAUCUUCGUUAGAUGAUGAUGGUCGCGAUCAACAAACACUCAUCGAAAGUGAUACUCUAAUAGAAGAAACUGAAGAUGAGGAUCUCGGUGAAGAAAAGGUGCCUGAACUUGAUGACACAGAAAACAUCCAAGAUGAUACAAAGAAAGACUCCACUGGAAAAGAAACCUUGAGUUUGGAUGAACUGACUCACGAGCAGAGGGAACUGCUUCAUCAAAAUGGGUUCCUAGACAACGAUAUCAUCAGACUUUCCACUUCCGAUCCAGACAAAACUAGGAUGAUCGCACUUAAGAUUGUACAUCAUGGAAUAGACGUGUUGCUAAUCGCCGAGUUGCACCAUCUACACGGGGAAAUAUGUCGAGCGGUGAUCGAGAGGUACAUUAAGCUGGGUGACAACGUGAAAACGAUCGACAAAGCUAUGUAUGAAUGUCAUCAAAUUUUGGACACGGUGAAGAAGAUGGGCAACAGUGAGAUGAACAGUAUGUUGGCAUCACCGGUUACUCAGGUCCCAAUCAGAAACCCAAUUCUGUUGGAUGAUGAAAUCCCUGUUCGAUUACCCCCAUCGAAGCCAAAGUCGCGGCCAAAAACAACAGGUGCUGCUGGCCCAGUGAAAAACUCUAGCCGAGUUCUAAUUGGAGACUACAAGGAAGACUACAAGGGUUUGUUCCAGCCAUCCCCCAAGAAGCUGGGAAAAGCCGUCGUGGAAAAUGGUGACUUCUGCAGAUCCCGACCUUGGAGAGCUCCCAAAACUCCAACGGAAACCUUCGUGGCCAGCACGUUGGUGGACGGAUCGCGUAUCAGUGUACGACAGAAGCGGCACUUGUAAUGAUCUCUUCCAUGAUGGGAAAUCGGUAUGUUUUAGUCAAACGUU